UUUCUCAUUUCCGCUUCCCCUUUUCAAACUGGCAACAGCAGUUGAAUGAGGACAGAAAGAAAGGCACAAUAUACAAUAUGAUACUUUCUCACUGCCUUCAACUUUAUCCCUAUACCUGGGAAGGGGCUUGGCCCAGCUGUGAGAACCACCUCUCCUCAAACUUGGCUCCCUCCCAGUGGACAGGACGUCAUCACGGCGGUAGGAGGCCCUGAAGUCUGAGCCAGGGCCAUGGAGGGCUCUGUGCUGAGCCCCACGUCCUGGGAGAAACGGCGGGCCUGGCUCCGUCAGAGCCGUCAUUGGCAGACCCAGGUGCUGGAAGAGGAGGCUGCAGCUGCCCUUCAGGAUGUCUCAGAAGCUGAGCCUUCCAGUCUGGAUAAUGUUUUUCAGGAAGGGAGUCCCAUCAAUAAGAUCGAAGACUGGCUGCAGGAUUGUGGGUACUCUGAAGAAGGGUUUCCUGAGGAAGCAGGACAGUCGAUCUACAAUGGGUGCCCUAGCCAUGGGACCAGCUUUGAGGAUGACUUGACCCUUGGAGCAGAGGCCACACUGUUGGCCGCUAAUGGCAAACCCUUCUCCAGAAGUUUCCUGGAGACAGCCCGGCCCUGCCAACUACACAAUCUUGGCUGCAGUUUGGCCUCCAGCAGCAUGACUGGUGGAACCAACAAGACUAGUUCAAGCAUCUCAGAGAUUCUGGACAAGGUGCAAGAAGAUGCAGAAGACGUUCUCUUCAGUCUGGGCUUUGGCCAAGAAGACCACAAAGACAGUUCUCGGAUCCCAGCCCGAUUUUUCACCACCCCCUCAAAGGCCAAAGGCAUUGAUUUCCAGCUCUUCCUCAAGGCCCAGGUGCGGAGGAUUGAGAUGGAAGACCCUUGCCUAAUGCUGGCCAGCAGGUUUAAGCAAGUGCAAACACUGGCUGUGACUGCUGAUGCCUUCUUCUGUCUCUACUCUUACGUAUCCAAGACACCUGUCCAAAAAUUCACACCAUCCCACAUGUUCUGGAAUUACAACCCAAAUGAUGCACCAUUUAUUAGGAUUAUGGCCCCAGAGCCUGAACCACACUCACCCAGAGAGCGUCUCCGGAAAGCCAUCUCCAAGAUGUGCCUGUACACAAGCCCCCGAGAUAGGCUAUCACCGCCUCACAAUUCCCCCAAAAGGAACAGUUUGGACCAAGUGGUAUGGGAAGUGAUGGACAGAGUGAAAGGAGAGAAAUUGGUACUCCAGGAAGACCCGGAGUUUGGGCCAGGCCCACAGAAAGAGCCUGUGCCCUCCAUCUGGGGUACAAAGCUUCCCACAGUGCUUGCAGCAUCACAAACUCUGGAUUCUAACCUCGAGGCAUCCUGUUACACACAUUCUCUGCCCAGAGCAUAUCUACGGUGGAGCAGUGACCCUGAACAAGCAAGGAGAGAGCUAUGGGGCCUACAGACCACCAAUGAGGAAGCCCAUUCAGCCAAGAAUGAGACACUCUGGAAAAGGAAGAGCAAAGCAAGAAAGAGCCUGUUUCAGAAGAAUCUCAUGGUCAGGGAUGGCAGGAAGGUCAAGUCAUUGGACCUGCCCAUUACCCAGCAGAAAUGGAGGCAGAACCCAGACACACCAGACCUUCACCGAUCCCUAACUCUGCAAUUGCAGGACUCUUUCGACCUAGAGGAGGUGCAAAGCAACAAUGAGGAAGAGGAGAGCUGCUGGCCCAGCAGACCCAGAUACCCCCACCUCUACCAAAUUUCUGCUGGCAAAGACUCAAGAGAUUCAUACUUCGUACAUUCCAGGUUCCAAUUUUUAAUGGAUGUUUGCGGCUGUUUAUUCUCAUUUUGAGUCGUGCCACGUCAGCAAAUGAAGUUCCUGAAAGUUUUCUCCAUCCGCGUCAUUAAGGUCAACUCUACUUUGAGGAGGCAGCUCUUCCCCAGUCAUCUUUUGACUGCCUUCCAACCUGGGGGGCUCAUCUUCCAGCACUAGAUCAGACAAUGUCCCGCUGCUAUUCAUAAGGUUUUCACUGGCUAAUGCUUUUCAGAAGUAGGCUGUCAGGUCCUUCUUCCUAGUCUGUCUUAGUCUGGAAGCUCAGCUGAAACCUGUCCUCCAUGGGUGACCUUGCUGGUAUCUGAAUACCAGUGGCAUAGCUUCCAACAUCACAGCAACAUGCAAGCCUCCACAGUACGACAAACUGACAGACACGUGGGGGAUUCAAUCUGUAGGCUGAGCAAAUAAUCCUAGGUGCUGGACUCUAUGAAGAAGAACGGGGCAUCAGGAAUGGAAGAAGACUCUUUAACAACCUGCAUUAUGUAGAUGACACAACCUUGAUUACUAAAAGUGAGGAGGAAUUGAAGCACUUACCGAUGAAGAUCAAAGACCAUAACCUUCAGUAUGGAUUACACCUCAACAUAAAAAGAAAACAAAAAUCCUCACAACUGGAUGAAUAACCAACAUCAUGAUAAAUGGAGAAAAGAUUGAGGUUGUCAAAGGUUUCAUUUUGAUUGGAUCCACAGUCAACACCCACGGAACCAGCAGUCAAGAAAUGAAAAGACGCAUUGCGUUGGGCAAAUCGGCUGCAAGAGCUCUCCUUAAAGUGUUGAAAUGCAAGGAUGUCACCCUGAAGACUAAGGUGCACCUGACCCAAGCCAUGGUGUUUUCAAUCCCCUCAUAUGUGUGGGAAAGUUGGACAAUAUAUAAGGAAGACCAAAGAAGAAUUGAUGCCUUUGAAUUGUGGUGUUGGCAAAGAAUAUUGAAUAUACCAUGGACUGCCAAAAGAACGAAUAAAUCUGUCUUGGAAGAAGUACAACCAGAAUGCUCCUUAGAAGCAUGGAUGGCAGGGCUACAUCUCACAUACUUUGGACGUGUUGUCAGGAGGGAUCAGCCCCUGAAGAAGGACAUCAUGCUUGGUAAAGUAGAAGGUCAGCAAAAAAGAGGAAGAUCCUCAGUGAGACUGAUUGACACAGUGACUGCAACAAUGGGCUCAAGCAUAACAGUGAUUGUGAGGAUGGCACAGGACUGCGUACUGUUUUGUUCUGUUGUGCAUAGGGUCACUAUGAGUCAGAACUGUCUGUACAGCACCUAACAACAACAACAACACAUGGAAACUUAACACCAGUCUCUGGGGUUGUGACAUUGGCAUUGCUGUUUGUUUUCCUUUUAAAGCUUUUCUAGUUACCUAUUGCUCUCUCAGCUAUCUACUGCUAUAUAAGAGAGAAGUAAACUCAGAAAGUAGUGGCUUAAAAGAGCAAUUAUUAUUUCUCAUGGUUCUGCGGGUUGACUGGAGCAAAGGUUUGCUCAAGUAUUAUUUGUCCAGCAGAUGUCAGCCUCGCACAAGAAAAAUGCCAAUAUGUCAAGCAAAAAAAAAAGCAGCCUGUAUAUAGGAUCUACAUGGAUAUAAUGUUCGGGCAAGCUAUGCAAUGCCCAGGACACCAUUUCCUCACACAGGCCUGACCUAUCUUGGGCUAAAUGUCAGUAUCCAGAAAUGUUAGAAUCAAAUUACCAGGGAGACAGUUUUAGGAGGAGUUGUAUACGUUUCAAGUAACUAGCUUCUAUUUUCUGCCUGGGUGAUGGGAUUUCAUUACCGUAGGAGAGAGACUGUGGUUAGGAAUGCUGCAUUUUGUUGAUUCUAAGACACACAUAUUUUCACAUUCUACCACCUAUGAAAUCAGCGUAUGUCUUACAAUUGGUAGUGUGAGCCAAUUUAAUGAUCUUGUUUUGCCUCCUUAGUGGAAUAAAAAAUAAUUAUGAAUCUUACAAAAGACAGUUUAUCAGAUUCAAUAAAAUUCAGUAACUUUAGAAAUUAAAUGCACUUAGUCUCAAAUAAAUGAGGAAUGGGUGUUAUAGAUUUUCCUUCUGUGAUUACCUGGAAGAAUGAGACUGUCUUCUUCGUUGACACUGCCUUUUGCCUGAGGCAGAGAGUCAUAAUGGUUCCCAAAUCCUCCCAAUGUUCUAGGCAUUUGUUUAAUCAUCUCUUUACAAAGCUAUGAACUCUUCUCUCAACCCAUUCCUCUUAUCA